AGUAACUUCUGCUUUUGGCAACGUUUCGGGGGUCUGCUGGUGAACAAUUACCGGGUUUGUGUUUCCUCCCUCCUUCAAAUACUCGCUCAAAUCGAAAGUGAAAGGAACCCGUCGCUUACAUAAGAUGCACGGAUGACUAAAAUAUUUUCCUUUGAUUGGCAUCAGCAUGAAGCAGGACAUUGUUAAACAAUUCAUAAAGAAACUUGACAGCUUCACUAUCUCAGAUUUCCAUGGUCUUAAGAGUCCAGGUCUGACAUGCUAUCUGAACAGUGUUCUCCAGGUGCUUUACAUGACCCAAGACUUCCGGGAGGCUGUACAACGGUGCUGCAGUGAGGAUUCAACAACAAUUGACUCACAGCUGGGAAGACUGUUUUCUGAUUUACAAACAAGAAUUGCCAAAACACAUCACAUCACAAAAAAACUGGGGAUCACAAACGUAUAUGAGCAACGGGAUGCUGCUGAGUACUUUGAGAAGAUCCUGUGUAUGACCAGUCCGGUUACAGCCCAGAUAUUCAAAGGGGAGCUGAAUCACAUCACAACAUGCCUGACGUGCAAAGAGAGGAACCAGUCCAGGAACUUAUUCUGGAUUCUACCAGUUGCAAUAGUAGAAUCGCAUUGUCACAUCUUCAGCGUGGAGAAAGGGUUGAAGGGAUUCUUUAAGGGGGAAAAAGUCUGCGAGGAUGACAAGAUGUACUGCAACCAGUGCAAUGAAAAGCAAAAUGCAGAGUUGCAAUGUGAGAUGACAAAAAAUCCAGAGAUUUUGACCCUCCUGCUGAAGAGAUUCAGCUUUGACUACAAGCUCAGGUGUUACGUUAAGCUCCAUUGCAACGUGGAUGUGCCAAAAAUUCUGUACAUCGGGACAUGCAAAUAUGACCUCUACGCUUUAGUGAACCACUUUGGGAAUCUGACAGGCGGUCAUUACACUGCACACAUCAAAUCUUUUGAAACGGACGGGUGGUAUCACUUCAAUGACGACAUUGUUAACUUGGUUCAACCACCAUUUUUUGGGGCUGAAAAUGACUCCCUAAGGUCUUGUACAGCUUACCUCCUCAUGUACAAGAAGGUGUGCAGACAUCCUGAACAACAUGAUUUAGGAGUCGGUGCUGAAGGAAGACAAGACGACACCGAGAGAGGAGAGCUUCCUGUUCCUCAUCAUCAACUCAAUGAUGGAAGCUGCAACGGAAGGGGAAACCUGAAGCUCCCGAAAGCGCCUUGUGGGAAGCAACACAGAAAAGACUCUGGAGCAGAUGGGGACAGUUUGCAAUCACACAAGUCAGAUUUUGCAACGCGACAAAAGAAUCACCAGAACAGACAGCAGCGUGAUAGGAACUCAGAGGAGCCCAUGCAGCUUUCAAACACCAGAGUGAACCACGCAGCACAUUUGGGAACACACAAGAUAAAUGAUGUGUUGGAGCAAUUUACAAAGAAAAGGCCAGAGGUGAAUGAGAGUGUCUGGGGAAAACAGAACCACAUAACUCAAAGAAGCCUUAUAAAUAGAGUCCAACAUGAGAAAGCAGAUAGAACACACCGGAAGAGUGAACAGAGAAGAGAGGCUGGUCUCUUGUGUAGUUCCGAUUUAAAGUCACUUCCUGUUUCCUCUACUUCUUCGCUUACAUACUUGACAGGACACAGGCAGAUUUGCAUGCAGCAAUCCAUUAAGUGUAACAACUCUCCAAAACUAUGCAACAUGUCGCACCAUUCAAUGACAGACUGGGAGACGAUGCAGCAUGUGGUGACUGCAGAUUGCACACAAACUGUGAGAAAAGGAAGGAAAAGUCCUAAGGAUAGAGGACAGUCUGCAAGGAGCACAGACACAAGAGCGCCAUGGAAGUGAUGAAAUGGCAGGGAUAAUAUCUGUUUCAUUUCGAUUUUUAAAAUAGUUUGAUAUGUGUAUGCUUUUUAAGUACGGCGUUUAAAUUAAAUGUUGAAUAAAAGGCUUGUUUUUCUUU